GAUCAAGAAAUGGCUUCCUGUCUUUACGUGGAGUUCGUUUUUUUGGUCAUAAAAUAUGAAAUUGUAAUCGUAUCGUUCGUUGUCUCACAGAUGUGCCACACGAGAUCACUGUGUACACGGGUGACGUGAAAUCAGCAGGAACAGAUUCAGCUAUCUCCCUGACAUUGUUCGGAUCUGAAGGUACAACUCCAGAGUUUGUGCUCGAUAAAGAUGAAUCCCGCUUUGAACGAGGCGGUGUUGAUCUCAUAAGAAUGGACCUCGAUGAUGUGGGAAAACUGCUGAAGGCCAGAAUCGCAGUCGACGGCAAAGGAACACGUCCUGAUUGGUUCCUGGAAAAGAUAAUAAUAAGAAACAUGGAGACCCACUGCGUGAGCGUGUUUAAAUCCAAUCAGUGGUUUUCCAAAACAGGAGAUGGAAAGUUAGUCCAAGAGAUACCGGCUGAGGUUGAUGGCGAAGAAGUGUUGACUGAGACUUCAUAUAAGGUAAACGUAAAGACCGGAGAUGUGAUUGGAGCUGGGACAGACGCUAACGUGUUCAUGAUUAUUUUUGGCGAAAAUGGCGACAGUGGAGAGCUGGCUUUGAAGAACUCUGAAACAUACAAGGAUAAGUUUGAACGGAACCAUACUGAUGUCUUUACCUUCAAGAACUUACUUAGUUUAGGUGAACUUACCAAAGUCCGCAUUUGGCAUGACAAUAAAUUCCUCGGGGCAAACUGGUUUCUUGAAAACGUGGAAAUCGUCGACGAGUCCAACAAUGAAAAGUAUCAUUUUCCCUGCAACCGGUGGCUCGCUAAGGAUAAAGAUGAUGGCAGCCUGAUAAGAGAGCUGACUUGUGCAAACGCUAAGAAAAGUAAUGAUUCACGGUCACCUACAACUUUUGAACUGACUUUCCUCACGAGUGACAAGCAACACGCGGGAACUACACAAAACGCAUGGAUCGUGCUUGAAGGGGAAGAAAGAAAGUCUCAGGAAUAUCAGAUAGAAAACAGCCCCAAGAACAAAGUCCUACGUCGAGGACAAACCGACAGUUUGAAAUUUGUGACUAAAAACCUAGGAAGUCUUACCCAUGUGACAGUUGGGCACCGCAGAAGAGAAGGCUCCAUUGUCAAGGGGACUGGGAAGGAGACUGGCUGGUUUUUACAUGAACUAAUUGUCACUCAUCUUGAAAGUGGAGAAAAAUACGUGUUUCCCUGCCGUCAGUGGAUUCCUCUCAGCGCUGAUAAGAAUGACGCUGUUCGCUUAGAGUGCAAAUCUUGCGAAAAACCGAGGAUGGCGACCAUUAGAGACCUUCAGCCUGUUCAAUAUCUAAUCGAAGUGGUCACAGCCGACAUAUCCCACGCAGGCACAGAUGCCAACGUAUCCAUUACCUUAUAUGGCUCGAACGGUGACACUGGCCAGAGACAACUGACCAAAAAGUUCGUCAACUUGUUCGAAAGAGGAAAAACGGACGACUUCAAGAUCGAGGCACUGGAUCUUGGCCAGCUGACGCGCCUGCGCAUAGAGCAUGACAACAAAGGCUUUGGAGCCGGUUGGAUGCUGGAUAGAGUUGACGUGACGAAUCUAACGAGUCAAGAGAAGGUGACUUUUCCUUGUGGACAAUGGCUUGAUAAGAAGAAAGGAGACGGAAAGAUUUGUCGAGAUCUCCUUCCAUUACCUACGUGACUGCCAUGAAAACUAUGCUUGCCGACUCAACGAAUCUGCGAUAGAUCUCGGGAUUGCGUGACCGUCACGCGUCACACUGCCAUUAACUCGAUGGUGAAGAUUCUUCGGAUUCCAUGGUUUUCAAGUUUUCGUAAAGAGCAGGAUGUCAGUUCCAAUUAUUUAUCUACACAGCAAAGAGGAUUCCUGUUUACGGUGGUGGAAAUUGUUUCUUCUCAGAGAGCUUUGUACAAACAUAAAAUUUAGGAACAAGAGGAAACCACGAUCGAACAACAACCUUACUUACAACCUUCACAAAAUCAAGUUCUCCCUGGGAACUUGAAGACAUUGUAUGCCAACGGCAGGUGGAACUUUGCUUUUGAUUCUAGUUGAGUAGCGGAACUAUAACUGCCGUUUUAUCCAGUGCCAAGCUAGGCUGAUAAAGAGUAUUGGCGAUGACAUUUUAUCGGCCUGGUCAACCUCUAUUUUCAUCCGAGGAGAGUAACAAAAAACUGUGUGUAAAUGUAAGGGAGAGUUAGAUGCCUAUGAAAUGAAAAAUAAUUACUGCUUAUUUGAAAAGCUUUUCAAAAUAUAGAAGAAAGGCAUUUUCCGUUUUGAAUGAUGAUGAUGAUGAUGAUGAUGAUGAACAUUUCUGGCGCCAAAUUUGAAGAACACGUGCUUCAAUAUUUACAGAGAUAUUCUUUAUUCAGUAUUUUACCAUUUUAGUUGCAACUUCAUGACGUCAUCACUUUCCCAAUUUGCAUAAUACA